GUUUGAUUAUCGUGUUAGAUUUUGGUCCUAAAUCCGCAAUAUGUCGUCUGAUCGUACUCCGAAGUACCGGCAGGAAAUCCAGCAGGUGAGCGUCACUCCUUUGAUAUUUCAAUCCCUGCGCCCUUUUGAAACGCAUUGGCGCAUUUAAUAGCGCGAAAUGAUCGGAUUAUUUCUAUGGUUCACUCUCGUUGGGUCUUGGGGGAAAUGCGCUCAUUGCCAAUUACGCGAGCAAUACAACAUGUUCACUUGAUGCGCUACCAUAUCCUCUACACCUCCAUCUCUGCCUAUUCUCUCGUAUCCAUUUUCAACACUGGGGCGAAUUAUGGUCUACGGGGCCCGUUUCGUGGUUUGCAAGAGCAAGCCUGAUCUCGAGAUGGAGAGCUCAUGCUUGUCACGUACAGGCACUCUUCAAGUUGAGGAUGAAGACAGAUACCAGAACUCAAAUUACACCAGCGCUAAAACCAGUAAAAAAUUUUCGGACAAAGUUACUAACUUCAUUCACCAGAUGAUGUUUGUCUCUGGAGAGACUGCUGAGCCAUCUAUCGAGACCACCACUCUUAUUGAGGACAUUGUGCGACAGCAAGUUGUUGAAAUUCUCGCUCGCAGUACGACACUGGCUACUCGCCGUGGGGUUCGAUCUAUAUCCACUGAUGAUUUGAUCUUUUUAAUUCGCCAUGAUAAAGCCAAAGUCUCCCGCCUGAAGACUUUCCUAUCAUGGAAAGAUGUCCGCAAGAACGUCAAAGAUUCUGAUGAUAAGGGCGGCGCUGAUGCGGCUGAUUUUGCGGGUGCUGAUGACCCAAUGGCUGGGGGCGUUGUUGCGGGACCCCAAGAUGUGGCAUCUAAGCCCAAAAAUAAGAGGGCCCGGGUUGGACUUGCGUGGGAUGUUAACAGCUUUUAUUCUAUUCAAGUCCCAGAAAGAGAUGAUGAAGAAGACGAAGAAGAAGAGGAACAGAAUUACGCGACUCUCCAACGUCUUGCUGCCGCAGACGAGCGAACCAAGCACAUGACCAGAGAAGAAUACGUAUUUUGGUCUGAAUGUCGACAGGCAUCGUUUACCUACCGCAAGAGCAAACGCUUCAGGGAGUGGGCUGGAUUUGGAAUCGUCACUGAAUCGAAGCCCAACGACGAUAUUGUCGACAUUCUGGGGUUUUUGACAUUCGAAAUCGUGCAGACUCUGACCGAGGAGGCCCUCAAGGUCAAGGAGCGUGAAGAUCGGGAGAAAAUCCGCCGCGGAGGGUCGGAAAAUGGAGCGGAGGACACCAAGAAACGCAAGCGUGAGACUGGACUUUUCGACCCUCCAGAGGAAGGCCGCACCCCGGUCGAGCCGAGACAUAUUCGCGAGGCAUAUCGCAAGCUACAAGCAACGCCGAAUAAGAACAUUGCGAUGCUCCUCCACAACGGCCGCAUACCAGCGCGGAUGCCUCUUAGACUGAUUUAAUAUAUUGGGGGAUUCGAUUUGGGCUUCGUGGCAUAGGAGUAAUCCGGAGUUAACAGAGAUACCCAUUUUAUAAUAAUGAAUGCAUGAUAUGGAUGGGCGCGAGGUUAUCUUGUUUAGUUUUUAUUUGUAUGCGUUAACUGUUGUUGAAUAUAUAUUUCAUUCUGACACUGC